AUGGAAGAAGUCGCCCCCGAGUAUGAUGUCGUCGUCCUUGGCACCGGCCUGACGGAAUGCGUGUUGUCUGGUGUCCUGAGUGUGAAGGGCAAGAAGGUCCUGCACAUGGACCGGAACGACCACUAUGGCGGUGAGGCUGCGUCCCUGAACAUUGAGGCGAUGUUCAAGAAGUACGGCAACUACACCGAGGGCGAGAAGCCGUGGGAGAAGUACGGCCGCGUCAACGACUGGAACAUCGACCUUGUGCCCAAGCUGCUCAUGUCGAACGGCGAGCUCACCAACAUCCUCGUCUCGACCGAUGUUACCCGAUACCUCGAGUUCAAGCAGAUUGCUGGCAGCUUCGUCCAGCAGGGCAAGGGCCCCAAGGCCACCGUUGCCAAGGUCCCCUCUGACGCUGGCGAGGCUCUGCGCUCGCCGCUGAUGGGUCUCUUCGAGAAGAGGCGUGCGCGUAGCUUCCUCGAGUGGGUUGGUUCCUACAAGAAGGAGGACUCCGCCACCCACAAGGGCCUGAGCAUCGGCUCCUGCACCAUGAAGGAUGUCUACGACAAGUUCGGCCUCGAGGACUCUACCCGCGACUUCAUUGGCCACUCCAUGGCUCUGUACCAGACCGACGAGUACAUCAACGCCGCUGGCGGGGCCGACGAGACCAUUGAGCGCAUCAGGCUCUACGUCAACUCGAUGGCUCGCUACGGCAAGUCGCCUUACAUCUACCCGCUCUACGGUCUCGGCGAGCUUCCCCAGGGUUUCGCUCGUCUGUCCGCCAUCUACGGUGGUACCUACAUGCUCAACGCCGAUGUCGACGAGGUCCUGUACGAGGACGGCAAGGUCGCUGGCAUCAAGGCUACCAUGAAGGAGAAGGACGCCCCCGGCGAGGGAAUGAAGUUCACUACCAAGUGCAAGAAGAUCCUUGCCGACCCCAGCUACUUCCCCCAGAAGGCCAAGCCCACCGGCCACCUUCUGAAGGCCAUUUGCAUCCUCAACCACCCCGUUCCCGGCACUGAGGACUCCGACUCUCUCCAGCUCAUCAUUCCCCAGAGCCAGGUUGGCCGCAAGAACGAUGUCUACGUUGCCGUUGUCUCCUCGGCGCACAACGUCUGCCCCAAGGGCUACUACAUCGCCAUCGUCAGCACCAUUGCUGAGUCCGACAGCAACCACCACCUCGAGCUCGAGCCCGGCUUCGAGCGCCUGGGCAAGAUCGAGGAGAAGUUCAUGGGCCCGCCCAUCCCUCUGUACGAGCCCAUCGAGGACGGCACCAACGACAACGUCUUCCUCUCGAAGAGCUACGACGCCACCAGCCACUUCGAGACUACGACGGAUGACAUCAAGAACAUCUACAGGAGGGCCGAGGGCGAGGACUUGGUCGUCGAGGGCCUGAGGGAAGUCCAGGUCGCCGCGGAGGAGUAA